CGAUACGAGUACGGUCCAACUCUUCCCAGGUAUCACUUUUUUAAUCAUUGUACCGGUAAAUCCAUAUCAAUACGGCACACCAAAUGAAAACAGCGAUGAAACCUUGGAUAACAUUGCUAGCCCUGUGCUCGCUGGAAGUGGGAUCGUCAUUUUCAUUUGCUCCAGCCAUCUUUCAUCGGCAGCAGCAACAUUCAUCGGUGGGAGAAUCCCGCCUCUUCCAGAGCUCAAUCGCUAUACCUGAAGAAAAAUACUCUCAAGGCCGGUCCGGUGCCGGCGUUUCAAAAUCACGAAGUCGAGUGCGUGUGGUAGAUCCAAACUCCAAUAUUUACGCUCCGAAGAGUAGCAACGCUACAAUCACCCCACACGAAGAUACCACAAAGGAUGUUGUCGUGGACGCCGAAGAACAAAUAGGAAUCCUUCGGUCCAAAACUCUGAAGGAACUGAAAUUAGCGUGCUCCCGACGAAAUAUUAUGUAUGGAAAGUUUUCUGAAGCCGAAGAAUACGUACAAGCUAUAUUGGAAGACAUGGAAAAGACAUUGGCCUUCUCUGUCACUGGCUUGAUACAGCCUGGUUCGGUUACUGAGUUGACAGGAGAGCAACUAGAUCAGGAAAUGACCCGUCAGGAAAGCCUGAUCCUUGUAGAUGUCUAUGCGACAUGGUGCGGACCUUGUCGUGUGAUUCUCCCGCAACUCCAAGUGGCCGCCCAAAAAUUGGUCCAGGAGGAAGUGAGAGUGGCUAAGAUCGACGCGGACAAGCAUUCCGAUUGGGUUGGAAGGUACCAAGUGCAAGGUCUACCAACAAUGUUGCUAAUCAAGGAAGGCAGUGUUGUGGAUCGCUUAGAAGGAGCUUUCAUGACGAAUGAGAUUAUCGAUUUUGUAAGGCAGCAUGCCUAGAUAUCAAUGGACAACGAGGUGUGCUGUUCCUCGUCCGAUUUUGAACUUGUUUCCAACGAGUGGAGUGCCUGAACCAUGUUACGUGUACGAUAUAAACAAUAAAUAGAUUUCAUAGAAAAACACGAAAUGGAUUCACUAAAUUAUGAUUAUCAUUUUUUAAAAAUAGCGACUUCUUCUUUCAGACUGCAAACACGACUUUGUUCCUCUUGUGAAAUAGAACCAUACAAAUAUAGCAACAGCACCGCGAGGUAUGGUGUUUCUAGAAUUUGAUAACUUCAUAGCCCUCGGCAAGAUUCCCCGCAAAGUACUCCUCGGGAUCUACAACAGUGGCACCUCCAAAGUAAUCAAUCAACCAUAUAUCUUGAAUAUCGAUCUUGGCAAUAACCCAACCGUGUCCGUCGGGCCAAGAUUUCAUGGAAGGGUGGCGCUCGAAAAACGCCUGCUUGGCAAAGUCAUGCUCCUCGGACCCAUCCUCUAACGCCACAAAUUUCCCCGUGAGGGUCAAACGAGCGCACAUAGGGCUUUCGGGGUCUCCAUAUUUGGUUCCGAGCAUGCACGAGUCGACAGCUGCGUUUGGGCAGACAGAAGAGAGCGAAGACUCCGAAAGAGUCAAUGAGAUCAUAUCGUUGCCCUUUGCAUCGGCAAAAGAUUGAUCCAUGUAGGUUCCAUACAAAUACGGUACGCCCGGUGCCUUGUCACAGGGUCCAUCCACAAAGGAAUAGAUAUUGCCGAAUGGG